AUGACUGCCAUUUUGCAAAGUUUUAAGAUAAUGCUACAGCGUUAUCCCGUUACACGAGGCAUGGUCUCGUAUAGCCUCAUUUGGCCGACGAGUUCUCUGAUACAACAGACUUUCGAGGGGAGAAGAUGGCCCGAUUACGAUUGGUGGCGUACGCUACGUUUUAGCCUCUAUGGUGGUCUGUUCGUUGCGCCAACGCUGUACAGUUGGAUCAAGGUAUCCAGUGCCAUGUGGCCACAAACCUCACUACAGACUGCUAUUUUCAAAACUGCUGUCGAACAGAUUUCCUACACACCCGCUGCCAUGACAUGUUUUUAUUUCAUAAUGAGCCUGCUGGAAAUGAAGACGGUGGGUGAAGCGGCGGCGGAGGUGCGCAAAAAGUUCAUACCCACCUACAAGGUGGCAAUGUCAAUUUGGCCUAUUGUUGGUAUUAUAAAUUUUUCUGUCGUACCAGAGAAGAAUCGUGUGCCUUUCAUCAGUGUCUGUAGUUUAAUGUGGACUUGCUUUUUAGCCUAUAUGAAGCAUCUGGAGCAUCACCAUGUCGAUGAAAUCGAUGGUAUAUUUGCGUCGAAGGAGACUAAGUUAAAAUCUUAGUACAACUGCAAUAGUUUUUAUCUAAGCUGUACAUGUUUUUAUAGUUAGGGUAUUGAAAAAAAUCUGAUUUCGAAUGUAGAAACAAAGUAUAUAUUUAUUUAUAUAUAUUUCAAAAUUGCUUUCAUUUGAAGGAUUGAGGAAGAAAACGAAAUCCUUAAAUAUUUUUUAGAAAAUUUUAAUUCAUACAAUUCUUUUUUAAACAUCAAACAGUAUUUCUUAUCAUAAUGUUUGCAUAAAAGCCAAACCCA